AUGGAACGUCUCAAGGCAAAACGUGGAGUGAAGCGGUCGCAAAACACGAAAAUUAUCCACGAGGCGACAGCGGGGAUGGAGACAGCGGACCUGGCAUCGCUGACUGCCUGGCUAGAAAGGCUGAAAACCAAUAACAGGGCUCUUCAAGAGUUGAACGUGGAGAUAGAAGAUCAUAUAUCGGAACAAGACCUCGUCGCAGAAUACACUACGGUCACGGAGUACGACGACGAGGCCAUCCGAAUGAUGGCGCUGUUGGACUGCAAGGCAGACUCACUGAGACGUAAAGAACAACAGGCACAGGCCACCCAGAUGACCACAUCCGCGACAACAUCUGCGACUGCCACUACAGACCUGGGAAGAAAUCGCACCAACAUGACUAGCGGCGUGAAGCUUCCCAAGUUACGACUUCAAACUUUCAACGGCGAGGUCAGCGCAUGGCAGAGCUUCUGGGAGCAGUUUGGUCGUGCUAUCCACGAAAACGAUAGCAUUCCACGAUCGGACAAGUUUCAGUACCUGCGCAACCAUGUCACCGGACCAGCGGCGGCGGCCAUCGCUGGGCUCCAGGCAACUGAGGCCUGCUACGACGAUGCCAUUGAAAUCCUGACACUGCGCUUCGGUGACAAACGAAGGAUCGAACAAAAUCAUCUGGCGAAGCUCCGAGCACUGCCUCCUGUUGCCUCCGCGAAAGACACGAAAGGCCUCCGAAAGAUGUACGAUCACGUCCAGACGAACAUCCGAGGUCUGAAAGGGCUCGGCGUGGGAUCGGCAACGUACUGCACGAUGAUGUCCGAUAUCCUCCUUAAGGCCUUGCCGAGCGAAGUCGUCGUAAAUUAUCACCGGCAGCAGGCAAGCAACACUGCCUACAGGUCGACGGGGGAAACGCAAAACAGUCCGACUUCACUGACUUCACCAGCGGUGCAGGACACCGGACAGUCUGUCGACGGACCAUUUUCCACCCGGAGCGCUCCAAGGCCGCCCUCUUUCGCCGAUGCCGAAGAUGAGCUCGCCGAUAUUCUAAGCUUCCUUCGGAUCGAAGUUGAGAGUAGGGAGAGAGCCGGAGUAGUAGAAGAACGGCAAGAGACGCAGAAGAAAAGGACUGAAAGACCCAGAAUGCCAGCAGCCUCUGUGCUACAUGCAAAUAUCACAAGCCCCUGCUUCUUUUGCCGGUCCACAAAGCACGCAACAGAAGUAUGUACUGGCGACCUCACGUUAGAGGUGAAGAAAAGGAGGCUGGCGGAAGAAAACCGCUGCUUCAGAUGCACAAUCGGAGGGCACCGGGCGAGGGAGUGCCGGCGGAAGGUGACAUGCGCGUCGUGCUCCGGUCGACAUGUCACAUCCAUGUGCGACCCGAACUGGAAACCUAACGUGAAGAAAUCGGAUAGAGGUGCCCCUGCGACAAGCGUCCAGAACGCAAUCUCGGACAGUGCUGACAUCCCAUUGGAUUCCGAAGUGAUUCUUCAAACAUUCCGAGCCUGGGCUGAGGAAGAAAACCAAAGACUUUACGUGCGAGCCAUUAUCGAUGGAGGUAGCCAACGGACGUUCAUUUGUGAGGAUCUUUCUCGCAAACUCGGCCUCAAGGUUCUGGGACAUGUUAGCCUCCGGCUAAAUACGUUCGGCCGCUCCACGUCACGACCGCAACGUCGGAGACUAGUACAAGUACGGUUGCACAGCCAAUACGGCCAAGAAGAGUGCGUCAUCGAGGCCGUCGAGGUACCCUUCAUCUGUAAGGAUGUUGUGCAGGUACCCGUCGACCACGAAUUUGUUCGCCGUAUGAUGAAAAACGGUCGUCGUAUUGCGGACAUGCUUCUCUCCCCUCUGGCCACUGCUGAAGAGGGCAUUUCCCUUCUGGUCGGUUCAGACCAGUUGUGGCGAGUGAACGGUGACCAAGUGCUGCAUUGCAAGGAAAAUCAGAAGCUGGUAGCUAUAAGCACCAUUUUUGGCUGGACCUUUCAAGGCCCAGUGUCAAACCACAGCUCUCUCAAAGGCAGCGCCAGCAGCAUGGUAUGCGUGCUAAGAACGGAAUGCUUCACGAACGAGGACGUCGGAGACAUCCUGCGGCGUUUUUGGGAGCUAGAGAGCAUCGGAAUUUCUGACCAGCCCUCCAGCAAGAUGGAAGAACAGAACGAACUGCUGAACGAGUUCAACCGAACAAUACGGAAAGUGAAUGGACGGUACGAAGUCGGCCUACCGUUCAGGGUCGGCGCGGGAGAACUGAAGGAUAACCGCACGCUGGCAUUGAAACGUCUUGAGAGUUUGAAAAAGAGAUUGUCACGCGACGAGUCCUUCGCAAAAGAUUACGACAACGUCAUACGCAGCUACAUCACCUCAGGACACGCAGAAAACGUUUCAACAACAGUGAAGCGUAGUCUAAGGAACAUACUAGGAAGGAACAAGUUUAGUUUCGAAGAACUAACGACCAUGCUCCAAGAGGUGGAAGCCGUCGUGAAUUCUCGACCUUUGGCCCCUGUUAACGACGCUCCACACGAGCAGGAGGCUUUAACGCCUGCGCACUUCUUGUUGGGCAGGCGUCUGACGGCUUUCCCAUCAGUCAACCUAGAAACUAUACCAGGUUCUGCGAGAGGGGACAUUACCAGACGUUGGCUACACAGGCAGCAACUACUGGACCGAUUCUGGCGGAGAUGGCGGAAGGAAUACCUCCUUCAACUCCGCUCCGCACACCGAUCGCCCGAGACGCGGACAAACGACCUACAGAACGGGGACCUCGUUCUUGUUCACGAAGACAAGACCCCACGGCUCAUGUGGAAAACGGGGAGGAUCGAAACAGUUCAGCUGGGCAGAGACAACCACGUGCGUUCCUGUCUAGUGCGCCUACCGAGCGGGGUAACGCUUCGGCGCCCCGUGCAGCUCCUUUACCCCCUGGAACUGGCAAGUGAAUGA